AUGUAUUUCAUUGCCGUGGCGUUGUCCUUCGCCCUUUGCGCGUCGCUGUUUAUGUUGUCGAUCUACUCUGGAGCUCUGGUGGAGCAGAGCUGCUCCCGAAUCUCCUUCUUCCAUCAUGUGGUCGCAGCGAUCCUGGGCGCAUGGGCGCAUUACUGUUACCAGGAACAUCUGGAUGAAGCUGCCUUUGGCGCCAACGACAGGUUUCCUGUAGCCGUCCUAUUGCAGCAUUUCAAUCUGGGCUAUUUUCUGUACGACACUGUGCAUGUAGCAGUCUGGGACCAGAAGUUCCUGGAGCAUCACUUCAUCGCCAUCGCGGGCUAUGCCAGCAGCGAGAUCGCCAACGUCUUCGGCUUAGCCAAUGCCGUGAACACGUGGAUCACCGAGGUGGGUUCGUUGAUGUAUUCCGCAUAUCUCAUCAAGCGAUCCGACCACCUCUACUUGGCUUUCGUCUUGUGCUACACCUUGAGCCGGAUGUAUUUUGCCUAUUGGAGCCUGGUGGUCUUGAACCAGGUGUGGGAGGUCCUGCAAAACGGUGCUGGUGCGCGGGUCAUGCCCUUUUGGGCGCCUUACUGUGCGGCGAGUUUACAGAUCCUCCUGUUUGGAGUGAAUGCCACUUUCGUGGCAACGCACUGGAGAAAGUUGCUGAAGCGAUCCAAAAGAGACGGAACGGUCACCGGACUGCUGGAAGAUGUUCAGUGCCUGAGGCAGCGCUUAGAUCUGCUCGACCAGCGCCGCAAUGAACCUGUCAAGGAUAGCGAGAAGCGUUUCAACGAGCUGAGCACUCAAAUCCAGGCCAUUGAACACCAGAGUCGCAUGUCGCAAUCCGCCUUGGACGAGUUCCAACGACGCCAGGCGAACGGCAGGAUUGGUGGCCGUGAGCGGCGUAAGGUGGCACGACAGAGACGCUGGGAACAAAGCCUGGAGGACUUUCGGAGUUUCGCUGGCGAGCUGGCCCAACAUCGUUCCGGGAGCAGGUCACAGCUGAGACCCAGCGAGUCCCCCUCCACGGACGCCCGGCUCCGGAAGUUGGAAGAGCGGCAGGACUUCUCGGAAACUGCCUUGGCAGCUCUCCAGAUGCAGGUGGAAGAGGGUCUGCGUCGCUUCUCAACUGGCCAUCCACAAGGAGAUGGCGAGGAUGCCAGGGAGGCCAGCUGUGGGGUUGACCCUGAGACCCUUCGCCAGUCCACGGCCUCGGAGCGUGGCUUGAUGGCCUUGGAACGGAAGACUUCAGGGCAGAUUCAGGACCUGUCCUCUGCCGUUGCCGGUCUUCGAGUGCGGGUCGAUGGACAGCUCCAGCGCAUGAGCGCCUUGGCCGAACGCCUCGAGUCGUCCUCGUCCUCCAGCGGCCUGGUGGCGCUGCGGACGGAGGUGGCGCAACGGAGCCAGGAGCAACAGCGCUGCGAGACCGAGAUGGCGGUGCUGCGCAACAAGAUGCAGGACUUUGCUGAAAGUUGUGAUGAUAGCAUCGCUGACAUCAAGGAGGUUGGGACUUGGGGGGCCUUAACCAUCAUUGCAGGCUUACCUGAAAAAGGGACAGGGUUAUCCGGGUUAUCCCCAUGA